GUAAACACCCCUCGUGACGGAGUCAUGAAGAUACUGGAACAGACUGGAAGCGAAGGAGACAUGAUGGGAGGAGUGUGAAAUUCUGGAAAUAGUACAGACUUGCGACGAUGUGACGCUUAAAACCAUAAGCGAUUGUGUGCGAGACUAAUUAUUUAUCAAAAAGCCCAUCGCCUGUUUCCUCGGUUCCGUGGAGGAACGGACAGAUGCCCGCGGAAGAUGCUGCGCUUCUGAAGACAGAGAGUGGGAAAGAAUGGGUGCGGGGAUGCUGACAAUACAAAUCCAUGGCUGCACGUGAAGAACUAGCUUUCCCUGAGAGUGCAUGAAAAAUAUUCCACCUGAUCAUCUGAUAUAAAGCGGAGAACCGACGCUGCGAUGGUGACCGACAUGUUCUGAGCUGAGGGAACAGCGGCGAGAUGAAGGCGGCGGUGAGACCUAAGCGCAUGCGGCUUUUCUGGCGACUCGGUGUCUGUGGAGUCGGGAUGAUCACCGCCACCUGGCUCAUGCAGCUCCUAGACGUAACAGACUCUCCAAGCCCCAGUGAUGUUGUUGGUGACUUUCCGUGGUCUAAGAGAGAACUAAUGCAGGAGAGAGAAGAGGAGAACCACACCUCCUACACUCCUACAACGCCCAGAGCUGCAAUCCAUGAGUUUCCAGCAGAUAUUUUCUCUCCAGAGCAGAGGAGAAAAGGAGCAGUUCUUCUCCAUGCAGUCUGUGCGAUCUACAUGUUCUAUGCCCUGGCUAUAGUCUGUGAUGUCUAUUUUGUUCCAUCACUGGAGAAGAUAUCAGAGAAUCUUCAACUCAGUGAGGAUGUUGCCGGGGCAACAUUCAUGGCGGCUGGGAGCUCCGCCCCUGAGCUUUUCACCUCCUUAAUUGGUGUCUUCAUCACGAAAGGUGACCUGGGGGUAGGCACCAUUGUGGGAUCGGCUGUCUUCAACAUCCUCGUCAUCAUCGGCAUUUGUGGGAUCUUUGCCGGACAGCCUAUCUCGCUGAGCUGGUGGCCGCUGCUUCGGGAUUCUCUCUACUACAUCCUGUCUAUAUUGAUGCUGAUUGUGGUGAUCUAUGAUGACAAAGUUAUUUGGUGGGAAACCAUCAUACUGAUCUCCAUGUAUCUAGUCUACAUUAUCAUCAUGAAGUUUAACAGACCCCUGUCAGGCUGGGUGGAGAGGCACUGUGGUCGAGGGGGCCAGCCCUGCUUCAGUACCUUGAGACGGACCACCGCAGUGGGGCAUGGGGGAGUCGACUGUGACACCGACAUGGUGCUGCUGAAGAGAGAUUCGUGUGCAGGGCAGGAGACUGCAGUAGUGAUGGUGGAUGAGUUGAUGAGUCUGCACCCUCACCAGCUGAGCUUCUCUGAGGCAAGCCUCCAUCUCCUGAUCACCCCACAUUUCCCCCCCUACACACGCCUCCGCAUGGCAGGACGCAUGGUCAUCAAUGAGAGACAGAGGUUGAGCCGGGCUCGGGGCCAGGAGGAGAACGGUGGGGAGGAGGGGGGAGAUGGGGCCACAUGGGGAAUAGGGAACAGUGGGGCAGGGGAGGAGAGGGGAGAUGGGGGGGCAUCAUGGGCAAUAGAGAACGGUGGAGCGGGGGACAGUGAAAGGCAGCCACUGGAGGGGGACGGAGACAGGGAUGGGGGGACGGAGGGGAACACAGAGGGGUUACAGCCUGAAGAGGAGGAGCUAGAGGAAGAAGAGGAGGCCUCCUUCAGUCCCUUCAUAGUGCCAGGAGGGCACUGUGAGCGUGUGCGCUGGCUUGUGUCAUGGCCUCUGUGCCUGCUGCUCUGCUGCACUGUACCCAACUGUGUCCUGCCUCGCUGGAGCCGCUGGUACCUCCUGACCUUCCUGGCCUCCACACUCUGGAUCGCAGUCUUCUCCUACCUCAUGGUCUGGAUGGUGACCAUUAUCAGUUACACGCUGGGCAUCCCUGAGGUGGUGAUGGGCAUCACCUUCCUGGCAGCUGGCACCAGCGUACCGGACUGUAUGGCCAGCCUGAUUGUCGCACGGCAAGGUAUGGGGGAUAUGGCUGUCUCUAACUCCAUUGGCAGUAAUAUCUUCGAUGUGCUUCUGGGACUUGGGUUCCCUUGGUUCCUGCGCACUCUGGUGGUCGACUACGGAUCAGUGGUGUAUAUCAACAGUAAAGGCCUGGUCUAUUCAGUUGUUCUGCUGUUGGGUUCAGUGUUCCUCACUGUCCUGAGUGUUCAUCUGAACCGUUGGUGGUUGGACCGCAGACUGGGUCUCUGUCUCAUGAUGCUCUAUGUCAUCUUCCUACUCUGCUCGGUCGGCUUCCAGCGACUGUAGGCCAGGUUCCCAAACAUUUUAGUAUGAUUAUUAUGAUACUAUUUGAUGUGAUGUUUUCACUUGUUGACAUUAUUUAUCAGUUGUAUGUGUACGGGUAUUUAGUUACGGUUCAUUUGCAUUUGAGACAUUUAUGAAUAUUGUUAUUGAUGGGGAAACCUCAUUUUAUCUUUGAAUAAUGUUUCAAACUGGAUCUUUUACAUAGUUUUAUACAGAGCAACUAGAGAAAUGUGUGAUAUCCGAAGAUGACCAGUCGAGAACAUCCACUUCACACAAUGAAUUUGUAAUGUAUUGAAUUUCUAUCUACAGCUUAGUUACUUGAUGAAUCAUAUUCUUUAGAGUGAAAGUGUUAAAAGAUCCAGUGCAGUCAAACUUGAUUUUCCUGUUUUUAUAUAUAUUUUCACACUGCGUUUGGAAUAAUACAUUUCAACAGUAUGAUAAUGCCCUUUUUAGUGUAAGGUGUUUGAAAAGACAGUGGGAUAGAGUUUUGGCCUGCCUGGAGUUCCAAACCUAUUUUUGACCAUUGUUUUAAAUGAAAAUCAUUGUAAGGUACUUAAUUGUUACCCAGAAAUGAUUUGAUAUUGAGAUAAAAACAAUGCAUUGGACCUUUUAAGACCCAAUAUUGUAUUGCUUGUAGGAGUGCCACAGCAGUAACCUUACUCUGCUAAUCAUAUAUAAUUGUAUGCUUGUAGGAUGACUCAUGUAUGUAGACUGAACAAAAAUAUAAACACAUGUAAAGUGUUGGUUCCAUGUUUCACGAGCUGAAAUAAAAGAGCCCAGAAAUGUUCCAUAUGCACAAAGCUUAUUUCCCUCAAAUUUUGUUUAUCCUUGUUAGUGAGCAUUUUAUCCUUUGCCAAUAUAAUCCAUCCACCUGACAAGUGUGGCACAUCAAGAAGCUGAUUAAACAGAAGGCCACUAAAAUGUGCAGUUGUCACAACACAAUGCCACAGAUGUCUCUAGUUGAUGGAGUGCAAUUGGCAUGUUGAAUGCCCAGAUAAUUGGAUGUUAAUUUCUCUACUACAAGUGGUCUCCGUCAUUUUAGGGAAUUUGUCAGACUAUGUCUAUGGUAUUUUGCGGAUGUCAAGUUGUGAACAGUGCCCUGUGGUGGCAGUGGGGUUAUGGUAUGGGCAGACAUAAGCUACUGACAAUUUGAAUGCAUAAAAAUACCAUGAUGAGAUCCUAAAUCCCAUUGAGGCCUUUUUUUUUUUUUAAGGUAUCUGUGACCAGCAGAUACGUCUAUUUCCGGUCAUGUGAAAUCCAUAGAUCACGGCCUAAUUUAUUUAAAUGAACUAGUUUCCUCAUGAACUAACUCAGUAAAAUCUUUGAAAUUGUUGCAUGUUGCAUUUAGCAUGGUUUAUUCACUCACUGUUGGACUGAUGAUUACACUGUUUUCAUUGCUGUAAAUACUUCAGAGCAUUGUUUCUGUUUAGAGAAUGUGUGAGUGCAAUAAAUACCACGGUCUGUGCAAUAA